AUGUUGGCGCUGCAGAUCUGGCGAAAAGGCAAGCCAAGCUUGUAUGAGGGCGGGCUGGCCACCGCUUUUGGAUCUCAGCGCGCUCUAGCGGACGCGGCGGGUUGUUCCCGGAACUGCGUGGGUCCAAUCCUCCGGCGUGGGCCAGUGUCAUUCAAGGAUGUGAAUGUGGACUUCACCCAGGAGGAGUGGCAGUACCUGGAGCCAGCUCAGAGAACCCUGUACCGGGAUGUCAUGCUGGAGAACUACAGCUAUCUUGUCUCAGUAGGAUAUUGUGUUACCAAACCAGAGAUGAUCUUUAAACUGGAGCAAGGAGAUGAGCCUUGGAUAUUAGAGGAAGAGUCCCCAUACCAGAACCACCCAGAUUUCUGCAUACUUGAUGACCAGAUGGAGAAGAGCCAAGAAAACCAAGACCAACAUUUGUGGAAAAUUGAUUCCGUCAACAACAAAACCCUUACUAAGAAGAGAAGUAGUACAUUAGGAAAAACAUUUUAUCUAGACACAAACCCUGUUUCAUCAAGAAAAAUACCUGGUAAAUAUGAUUCAUGUGGAAUUAUUUCAGAAUUAAUUGUUGGUAAUAGGAACUCUUUUGUAAAGAAACCUGAAAAGUUUAAUGUACAUGGGAAAUUGCUGCUCUGUACAAAGCAUGGAAAUCCUCAUUCUAGAGACAAAUCUCUUGAAUAUGAUAGGAAUAGAAAAGCCUUCUGGCAAAAUGAGGACCUGUUUCAGCAUCAGGAUAUUCAAUCUUUGAAGCAACUUUUUGUUUAUAACGAAUGUGGGAAAACUUUCCAUGCGGAGGCAGCUUUCACUAGCCAUAAAUGA